GAGGCAAACAUGGCGGAUCAAAACAAGACGGUAACCUCGGAGGCGUUCUACAAUGAGAUAUUAAGUCCCAGUGAGCUGUUCGCAGCUCGCUCCAGGAGUCAUAAAAUCCCAGUCAGAGGACAGAAGGACUUCUUCCCCAACGACUCGGAGGAACAGAAGCGGCGACUGCAGCAGAGUUUGGACGAACACUGGAGCCUCGUAUCAGAGGAGCGAGUCGAGAGGCUAGGAAGCCUUGUGAAAGCCACAUGGAUUCCAAGUGAGCAGAUUGUGGAGCUCCAGACUCCAGCUGGUAAGUUUUGGCAGACGAUGGGCUUUUCAGCCAAUGGAAAACAGUACUUGCUCCCGGAAGAGGCUCUCUACCUGAUGGAGUGUGGCAGUGUGUUGGUGUUUUAUAAGGAGCUGCCGCUCUCCAUCCAGGACGGCUAUGAAAAGUUUCUGUCCUCAGACACUUUGACUCUGCAGCAGUUUCAGGUCUUUGGGCAUCUGAAGAGACUCGGCUAUGUGGUACACAGAUUUGAUCCAAGCUCGGAGCCGUCGUCCUACACCAGACAGCUGAACCUGCAUCAGUCACGAGACAAAGGAGGGAGACCGCUGAAGAGGAAACGCAGCGCCAGCCCUACGCAGUCAUGCAGUCUCACUCAAACACGAGCACAAUCACCUGCUGAGAAAACGGCGGAGGAUGAUAAACUACCAGAGUCACAGCUGAUGGCUUCUACAGAACCUCCUGAGACCCAGUCUGCCUGCACCAGCUCCACAGAUGAAAAGCGGGUCGGGACCUGGUGGAUGACGGAUGAUCCUGAGCGGGAGUCGGAAGAAAGAUCCGACCUGUGCGGCUCCUCGGCUCGUCGCUCACGCUGGGAUUUCAGCGCCAUUCCUUUCCCAGAUUUGGGCUCCAGGGACUGCGACCCCGGCUGCUUGGCCCCACCGGACCCCUCGGUGCUGCCCGGGGAUCUGGCUGUCGGGGUCUGCGACGUCGCCGCCUGGAAGGAUAAAAUAAACCUGCGGCAGGUGAAGAUGUCGGCGAAGGAGCAGAGGAGGGAGAGGACCAGAGGCAGGCAGCGGUGGGAUGUAAACAAGGCCAAGGAGGUCCGAAGGUGCAGAAACUGGACCGAGUACCAUGAACUCCUGGCGAGGCGGCAGGCGAGGCGGCAGGCGCAGCGUCGAGGCCGACCCGCUCACCUUUGGAACAGAGAAGUUGAACCUUUACACGACCCCACUCGGCCCGUCCCCACAGCCGAGCUGCUGGAUAAAAUCAGCGUGAUUAAAUCAACACGUUUACUGGAGGGAGCGUCCAGGUUAAAAGCUUCGGAUGAGUGGAGGAUUUGUUUCGAUGUUUACCAGCCGGAUUCUGUUUCGGACUUCAAGAAGAGCAGCCCGGGCAAACCGUACAGCCGCAUGUGUGUGUGCAGUUUUGAUGGUCCAGUUCCUGAUCUGCGAGCCGUCAAGCAGCUGGCCUUUCAGAGCAGAGACGUCUCCGUCGUCUUCGCCGUCGUGGACCACGGAGACAUUUCCUUCUACACCUUCAAAGACUUCCAGCUGCCGAGGGACGUGUUCCCCUGAGAAUCAAGUAUCCAGGACUUUUUAUCUCUGCUGGACCAG